AUGGCACAACCACUCUUGCGUCGCCAGCCUUUCAAAGGCGCUUACCUCGCUUACCUGGUCCUCUCGACCCUCUUCGUGCGCGUGCCCCUGUGGUACAUCUGGUUCUUACCGCGGAGCAACCGCCCGAAGGCGUCGUGGCCACUUUCAAGAUGCAUUCGCGUCAUGCUGAUGCGCGAACUUACGGGCCUCCCGACCAAAGUCGGCCUCAGGUCCACUCACGACGUCCCGAAGUCGGAUAGCGAGCUGAAGGACGCGAAGUUCGUGUGGGUGGAGGGUCUCCCCGAGAAUGCCGACGCAUUUUGCGGGGAGGUCCGCAAAGCUGCGGAGACCGCGGGAGUGAAGACGGAGCGGGUCCCCACAUACUGGUACAUCAAGCCGGGCAGCACAGUCCCGCAGGACUUGAAGGCGAAGACCGGUGAAAUCACCAUUCUUCACAUCCACGGAGGCGCUUUUCACCUGGGAACUGCGCAUCCGGACUCCACCAUCUCGAGCAUAGCCCGCGGCCUGCUCGCUCAUAGCAAGAAGGUGGAAAGAAUCCUCGCGGUGGACUACCGUCUCUCAGCAACCGCCCCGGAUCCACCGGCGAACCCCUUCCCCGCUGCAGUCCUGGACAGCCUUGCGGCGUAUCAGUAUCUCGUCAAAGACGUCGGAUUUGAGCCCCAGAACAUCAUCGUCGCCGGAGACUCCGCAGGCGGCAACAUCGCAUUCGCGCUGGUCCGCCACCUUGUCGAGAACGCGAUCCCAGGUCUCGCGCCGCCAGGCCGCCUGCUGUCCCUGUCGAGCUGGCUGGACCUGUCGUCCUCCCGCACGACGCCAGACGCAUCUUUGGCGCGCAACUUUGCGACGGACAUCUUCUCAACCAGCCCCAAUAACGCGUUCGGCGGGUACGGCAUCCUGUCGUACUUGGGACCGCUAGACCGGGAGCAGGCCAAGACGAACCGAUACCUCUCGCCUUGCUCCCCACACUUGGACCCGCUCGAGGGGCUGUUCAAGGGCUUCCCGCCAACCUUCGUCUCUGCGGGCGGCGCUGAGAAGAUACUCGACGACUCCCUGGUCGUAGCGGACAGGCUGAAGGCGGAUGGGGUCCCGGUGACAGUUGAUGUGGUACCAGACGCCGUGCAUGACUUUAUGGUCUUCACAUGGCACGAGCCUGAGCGCACGGAGGCGUUGAAGCGGGUAGGCAAGUGGUUGGACGACUGA